UCACUCUGAAAAUAUGAUCUCAAAUUAUUGUAGCUGUCGUUCGUUAUUCAUUGCCCACACUAGAAAAUAAUUCUGUGCUUAUUUUCGUCAAAUGUUGAAGACAAACAGAAUGAAUACUGCCGUAGUUGCACUAAUAAGGGAAUAUAAUUUAUGUCCAUAACAAAAAGUGGAAAAGUGUGUGUGCUGAAAGAUUUUACUAAAUACUGAUCUUUGAAGUCUUUGAAGAAAGUGUUAUUUUUUAUGCUGGAUAUGGGUCAUAUUGCCAAGUAGAAGUUUAAUGAAAAAUGUCUUUAAUUUUCUAUACUUUAUUUUAUCUUUUGAUGUCUGGAUGCAUUAUUUAUCCACCUACGGAGUUCAUGUCGCUAGGAUUGACUGUGAAAGAUAUUUUCGCACAUUGGCUUGGUAGCGAAAAUGAAUUUUUCAUACAGUAUCACAUUAAAAGAAGUACAAUUACGUUACUCGUGCACUCCAUACUGCCUUUGGGUUAUAUUGUAGGGUUGAUAUACCUUGAUCACAUAGAUGUUGCAAAACUUUUGUUCACUGGAGAAAGUCCCAUUAGACUAUUGAUUGUCAUUUACAUCACCAUUGGACCACUUUGCAUGUUAAAUGAAAUUGGUGAAUGGUUUAUACAUGAUUGGGCUUUGCAUCCAAUAGCACAAAAUCUUUCUGCAUACAGUAACAGUAAUACAUCAUGGAUAACUGUCGCUUGUGAUAUUAAUACAGAAUAUCGAAGAGUAGAUAAACUUAUUAUUAUCACAAAUAGCAUAACUCGUAUUGUGGUAACAGACAACUGGAUUAUUAAGGUCACUCCUUAUAAGUUGUAUGUUGCACAUCAAAAUGACACAACCUUAGUUGUGAAUAAAAGCGACACACAUGUGAUGUCACCUACGACGAGAGAUCAAGUUCAGUAUAUCAACAUACAGGUAAGCUCGCUACGAGCAAUGACGCAAGGCUUUGAUAUAAGAUUAAAUGCAUUGACUUUUGAGGAUUUACAAGAUAAAGUUUCACGACCAAUUAUUGUAUCACAAAAUAUAACGUUCCAUAAAACUAUGCUCGAUCUUUUUAUUGAUACUUUUAAAAAAGAGGUCGAUAAGAAUCCGUUCUACGAAACUGUUCAGGAAUUGGAAAGAUGCAUUGGAUGCAUGCAAGCAUUUUCAAAUAUAAAAUUGAUGAAAUUAUGCAAUAACAGUAUAGGAAAUAGACAUCAUUAUGAUUGCGAAAUGUGUUAUUGUCGUCCAAUGUGGUGUGUAGAAUGUAUGGCAAAAUGGUUUGCUUCAAAACAAGAUGACAAUGAAUUAGACACAUGGUUGUCUUCCAAGUGUACCUGUCCUGUAUGUAGAGCACCAUUUUGUAUUUUGGAUGUCUGUUAUGUAAGAGUGCCGAAUGAUUAAGUUUAUUUCCCAUAAGAAAUUUUAGAUGUAAAUAAUGCGUUAUUUGGAAUUUUAUAAAAUUUAUAUAUAAAAUUAUAUCAUAAAUA